AUGGGAAUCGGCCACCCCGUGUCAAUGCCAACGCCACCCCCACCUCCAUCUUCUUCACACGGAGCGAGGCUCAAAAAAAAAACCGUGUCUUCUCCUGGGCAACGAUCGUCGUCUUUCCUGUUUCUCUUGUUCCUGGUAUGGUGUCAUUGUGGUGAAGCUGAGACGGUGUCUUUUAGGCCUAAAGCCCUGGUAGCCCCCAUUGGUAAGGACCCCUCGACCCUCCAGUACUACAUCACCCUUGCCCUCAAAACCCCUCUCAGAUCGGAACGCCUCGUCUUCAGCCUCGGCGGCUCGUUCCUGGGGAUCGACUCCGACACCUAUGUCUCCUCCACCUACCGCCAUGUUCAGUGCCGCACUUCCCAGUGCGUGGCCGCCAGCUCGGGCGUGUGCUGCUCUUGCGGCACGUGCUCUGGCCCCCGGAGCCCCAGCUGCGGCAACAACACUUGCGUCGUAGGCCCUUACAAUCCGUUCAUCAGCACAUCAACUUCGGGCGACGUUCUGGAGGACGUGCUCGCCAUUCACUCAACGGAUGGCAAAACACGAGGCCCUCCAGUCUCAGUCCCCCACUUCGUGUUUUCCGGUGCCGGUGCCUUCCUCACCAAAGGCCUCACCGCCUCAGCUCGUGGCGUGGCUGGGCUUGGGCGCGGUAAGGUUGGUCUACCUGCUCAAUUGUCAGCAAAGUUCCGCUUCCGUCGUAAGUUCGCCGUCUGCCUUUCGGGCUCGUCCACAUCACCUGGUGUCGUCUUCUUUGGGCCUGGGCCAUACGUCCUGCAGCCCGACAAAGAUGUCUCUCAGGGGCUCACCUACACGCCUUUGCUCCUGAACCCAGUGAGCACCUCUGGAGCUUUCUUCCAAGGCCAGAAAUCGGACGAGUACUUCAUCGAAGUCAAGGGAUUUAACAUUGGCGAGAAGCCGGUUGUGGGCCUGAUUUCUACACUACUGAAGAUCGACUCGGAGGGCGAUGGCGGCACCAAGAUCAGCACCGUGGACCCUUACACCAUGCUCGAGACCUCCAUCUACAAGGCCGUGACCUCAGCCUUCGUGCAGCAGGCAAUUGGCAUCGGCAUGGAGAGGGUGUCGGGAGUGAAGCCAUUCGAGGUGUGCUUCAGUGCCAAGGGUGUGCCGAGCACGAGGCUCGGGCCAGCAGUACCCACUAUCGAGCUGUUGCUCGACAAUGGCAAGGUGUGGGGUGUGUUCGGCGCCAACUCGAUGGUGUUCACGAGCAACGGUGCCCUUUGCUUGGGGUUGGUUGAUGGAGGGGUGAGCCCAAGGACUUCCAUUUUCAUUGGGGCGCACCAGAUUGAAGACGAUCGUUUGGAAUUCGAUCUGGCGUACUCCAGGCUAGGGUUCUGGUCCUCACUUUUGGCCCUUCAAACCACGUGUGCCAACUUCAAGUUCUGAAGUGUAAUAAUUUCGAGCAUUUCGGGUUGUUAAAAGCUUCAAGAAUAUCGUGAAUCGUGCAUGACUCAGGAUUAGGACUUCUUUUUUAUCCAAUAAAAGGAGGGGAAAGGAAACCCUCCGAUUUCUCCUCCCUUGUAUGAAUUAAAUGAUGUGCGUCACUUCGCAACUAGCAUGCCCUCAUCUAAAUAGGCCGUUGGGAUUGCUACAUAUCAAAUCUCACAAGGCAGCUUUGAUUGUCUAAUUUUAUUUGAAUUUUCUUUGGGUGGAUCAAAGUAUUUUAU